UCUGGGUUAGGAGGCAAAUCUGUGAACGGAUGUUGGUAUGGUCCAAGGAAGAAAAAUUCUUGUGACUGGAGGAGGAGGAUAUUUUGGCCACAAGCUGGGGAAUGAGCUGAAGAAGUUGGGAGCAGUGGUUGUAUUGUUUGACAUCUCGUGGCCGUUGGAUGAUGUUGUGUACGAGCAAAUGGAGUGUUUUCAGGGGGAUAUAACAAGUAAAGAAGAUGUAAGAAAGAUAUUUAUCAGUCAUCAGAUUGAUGUGGUUUUUCAUAGUGCAUCAUAUGGAAUGUCUGGAAGAGAGCAAUUACGUAGAGAACAAAUAGAGAAGGUCAAUAUUCUAGGAACAAAAAAUGUCAUUGAAGCCUGUCGUCAGCAUAAUGUGGCUCAUCUCGUCUAUACAAGUACAUAUAAUGUGGUGUUUGGAGGACAGGUUAUCAGAAAUGGAGAUGAGACUUUGCCAUAUUUACCACUAGAAAAGCAUCCUGACCAUUAUUCCAGAACAAAGUCCAUCGCAGAGCAAACUGUUUUGAAUGCUAAUGGUUUACUAUUAAAAGAUGGGAAAAUUCUCAAGACCUGUGCUUUAAGACCAGCUGGUAUCUACGGAGAAGGAGAAUUGAGACAUUUACCCAGAAUUGUGUCAUAUAUUGAGAGAGGCCUUUUUGCCUUCACUUAUGGUCAAGAUGACUCUAUUGUUGACUUUGUUCAUGUAAAUAAUUUGGUUCAAGCUCACAUUUUGGCAGGAAAAACUCUCAUGGAGGCAGAUUCCAUAGCUGCUGGUGAAGCAUAUUUUAUUUCAGAUGACUCCCCUGUAAACAAUUUUGAGUUCUUCAGACCUUUGGUUGAAGGUUUGGGAUACAAAUUUCCCAAAUUAAAGUUGCCAAUAACUCUUGUAUAUAUGGUUGCAUUUUUAACAGAACUGGUUCACUCAGUGAUUGGAAGAUAUAUUUAUAACUUUCAGCCGCUCCUCACAAGAACAGAGGUUUACAAGACAGCAGUCACUCAUUACUUUAGCAUGAAGAAAGCCCGCAGUCAUCUUGGUUACAGUCCUCAGAAAUAUUCCCUUGAAGGAGUGAUAGAACAUUUCAAAAAAAAUGGCCAUGGAAGAAACAGGCAUCCCUCACGUCUCCUUUAUCACAUAGUUAACAUUGUUGUAGGAAUUAUGUUUGCAUGUUUACUUCUAGCCUGGUUACCCAGAGUAGAUACUUAUAUAAUCAAUUCUUAUUAUCUUACUACUUUUUGAGGUUGAUGUAAGCUCUUUUGGAAAUUCAAAUGUCUGAAAUAGUAAUAAUAAUACAAAUAAUGGAAAAAUUUUGGAUUGCGAGUUCCUGUUCAUCACCAAUGGGUGGAGUACUUUGUGAAUUACAGAAUAAUUAGCAGACUCUGUGAUAGCUUGUAGGAAAGCCCUGAUAUCCCUUUCCAUCAUUUCUCAUCCUUUUCUUUUAAAUAACUUAACUUCUAAUAUAAACUAUAACUUGUAAUCAUCUAGCUAACUUUACUAUAAAUUAUAACUGCAAAAAAUAAUUUGAAAAAAGCAUCCAUUUGGCUUGUGGCUGGGUGAAGUGUUCCCCCAAAGAUGACUAUUUUCAGUUAUUAUUCACCAACAAGCACCUUUAGACAAUCUUAAUGGCAUCCUAUUUUCCUUUGAUGUCUGUAGUGGAAUUUUUAUUGGUGAAUAAUAAGGGCGUACCCAGGAACACAUAAAUAGCACCAGAAUUUGAUUAAACAUUAAGAAAUGGUCAGUCAAUGGAAACCAUUAAUUCAAGAAUGAUGAUCCAGGAUAAAAGUCAGUCACUGAUAUAAAAUUUGAUACCAAAUUUUUCUCUUCUUGAAAAGGUGAACAAGAUCUUUCAUCAAGAGAUGGUCUAAUGAAAAAAAAAAAUGAAGAUCAUUUUAGAGUCAACAAAGGGAUCAGAAUUAGGUUGGGAUC